AUGCAGCAGGACGAGGCCAAGAUGUCGCGCUCGCUCCCUGGUGGCUGGCUGGAAAGCGGCCACGGAGCUGUGGUAGUUUAUGUUAAGGAUUUUCGGGACCCGCUCGAGCGCCGCAAGAAGCUCGUGCUACAUCCAUGGUCUACUAUCAAGGACAUUAAAAACAAAUUGAAGGUGGUGUUCAACGUGCCGUCGAAUGCGCAAAAGCUUUUCUACCACGGGCGAGAGCUCAAGAAUACGCACAAUUUGCAGCAAUGUGGUAUAUACCAUGACGAUGCCGUUGUGGACUUUGUGGCUAGAAGACCGCAGAAUGUUGCAAUGGUGUACGCUCAAGAGUGCGAAAUGGAGAGCGGAAGUGAUGCGAGCAAUAACAGGAAUAAUGGCGAAGGGCCUGGUGCGAAAAGAGCAUCAUCAUGUCGAGUGAACAACAAGACGAUGGCGAACUUGAGACCAGAGCAGAUGCCCGCCGUGAAUGUCCAUCCAUAUGGUGCACAUUUAUUGCCAGUGGUUCUUAUGAAAGUCAUGCACCAGGCGUUGCAAGGCCUUGCCUUGGGUCUCGCACCGGUGCUAGCAAUGGAUGGUACCGGCGGUACGUACUUUUUCAAGUGUCCAUCCCACCGCAAUGUGGGCUGCUUUAAGCCCCAAGACGAGGAGCCCUUUGGGCCUAAUAAUCCUCGCGGGUUGGUGGGUCGGCUAGGUCAGAGUGGCCUUCGUCGAGGAAUUCUUUCUGGAGAAGCUUGCGAACGUGAGCUUGCCGCGUAUAUACUAGACAAGGAUCACUUUGCAGGAGUCCCCGCUACGUCACUUGUGGAGGCGCGACAUCCCGUGUUCAAUUACACGGCAGGUGUGGGCGCUUUACAUUUUAAAAUAGGAUCGUUGCAGGAAUUCGUACGUCACGAUGACGUAGUGAGCGAUCUGGCACCAAACCAAUUUUCGGUCCACCAAGUCCACAAGAUUGCGCUGCUGGACAUGCGGCUUUUAAAUACUGAUCGAAAUGACGCGAACAUCUUGGUGCGCAAGCGGUGGUCAUCGACAACAAGCCACACUGAAUACGAAUUGAUACCGAUCGACCACGGUUAUUGCUUACCGCAGUUUCUAGAAAUCGGCUGGUGUGAUUGGUGCUGGUACAACUGGCCGCAGCUGCAGAAGCCACUGAGCGCUGAGGACCGAUCGUACGUAUUAUCGUUAUCGGCUCAGGAGGACGCAGACCGGCUGACAAAAAGAAUUCCGUUGCGGCGUGCUUGCCGACGGAAUAUGAUUAUUGCUGGCAUGGUGGUGCAAAAGGGCGUGUGUGCAGACCUGCCCUUGUUCGAAGUAGCUCGGAUAAUGUGUCGUGACGACCUCGACGCCCCGUCUACAUUGGAGCAGUUGUGCAUCAAGGCGUUUUGCCAGCUGCAUGUUGUCAAGCAGCGCAAGGAAAACGAGAAGCUAGUUCACCACGGUCACGUGCAACCAGCCGUCGCUUCGGUGAUCAAGUCAAGUAAAUUGGCUGCUGCAGAACAAAGACGCGGAAGUGAUCCAAUCGGUAUAUCGCCAUCUCCCCAGACAUCGUUCCGUAAUUUGCGGGUGUCGAUUGAUUCUACGUCAGUUCAAGAACCGUUCAGGGGUUCGCCUGUAGCGAACGGUGCACAAUCCCCGCCUGGAUUUUGGGCGAGCUAUGCUCCCUUUAGCUUGCCUGAUGAGGAACACAACAGUUCGUGUGAAUUUUUGGAACGUGCGCCACUCAAUGGUGCGUGUAAGCAUUCUGAAGCGCGCACGAGCGAGAAAUCGCGCCUAAUGGGUGCUUGGGACAAGAUGGCAUCGCAUGCCCUUUCAGAUGCUAUCCAAUGCGCGAAGGUUGAGCACACAGGAUCACGCAGAUUACUCGACAAUGCCAUGGUAAAUGGCCACAAGGGUUUGGUUCAAGAUGAUGGGUCACGUUCUUCGACAUAUUCUUCUAUCGGCUUUGAAGAAGACAAGGAUGAAUUUGAGGCGCUGAAUGAUGAGCUUGAUGGUAGCGUGCACGAUGAAAGCCUUUUCCUCACCAUUUUUAGCCGAUUACUUGACGAUCAGAUCGAGGCGGUCAAAUGGAGGCGAUCAAAAGGAUGCAGUCAGAAGCAGCCAGAACGAAAAGGCAGCAUGUCGAAUGCAGGAGCCGUGGACAACACCUUAAUCCUUGUCUAG